CUGUAUUUGCUGCUUUAUCGUCCCGUACAUACGUACAUGCGAUAAAACUCGUGUAACAACAUCGAUAUACGCACAUGCAAGCAUACGCCGCACACGAGCAGAAAGUGACAAAGUUCAUACGAAGUAUCUUAAAAAGAAUUUAUUAGUAACUAAUAUUAUAUAGUACAGAUUGAUCUAUCAUGACGAGCAAAAUCGUGAGGAAAAUAAUAGCAACUAAAAAAGCUCCGAUACCAAUUGGACCGUACAGUCAAGCUGUCUUGGUACAUCACACUUUAUAUGUGUCUGGAAUGAUCGGAAUGGACCCUAAAACACAAAAGCUCGUUGAUGGAGAUACUGCAGCUCAAGCUAAGCAAGCUCUUAUCAAUAUGAAAAAUAUUUUGGAGGAAGCUGGAUCUAGUUUCGACAAAGGUUUGAUAAAUUAUUAUUAUUAUUAUUAUUAUUAUUUAUUAAUAUUAUUUAAAUUGUUCUGCAUCAAUUGAACCU